UUUCGCCACGCAGGCGUACUUGGGAACGCUAGCUUGCGCAGGCGCACUUGGGAAACUACAGUGCCUGUUUUCUUCCCAGAGACCGGCAGGUCGCCUGCUCGCAUCCUGCCCCCGCCACUCCCCCAGCUAAUUGAGCCUGGCUGAUUGAGCCCAGCGACACUGCUAGUGUGUGUGAGGUUGAAGGCAGGAGUCAUGACUUCGCCGCUCAGGUUCGACGGGCGUGUGGUACUGGUCACCGGCGCGGGAGGAGGUGAGCCUGGAAGAUUGUACGGCCGGCGCGUGUCCCCCUCACGCCGCGGACCCUCCGGUUUGGGUUUGGGCCGAGCUUAUGCCCUGGCUUUUGCAGAAAGAGGAGCAUUAGUUGUUGUGAAUGAUUUAGGAGGGGACUUCAAGGGAGUUGGUAAAGGCUCCUUAGCUGCUGAUAAAGUUGUUGAAGAAAUAAAAAGGAAAGGUGGAAAAGCUGUGGCCAACUAUGAUUCUGUGGAAGCAGGAGAGAAGGUUGUGAAGACAGCACUGGAUGCGUUUGGAAGAAUAGAUGUCGUGGUCAACAAUGCUGGAAUUCUGAGGGACCGUUCUUUCAGUAGAAUAAGUGAUGAAGACUGGGAUAUAAUCCAGAGAGUUCAUUUGCGGGGCUCAUUUCAAGUCACCCGGGCAGCAUGGGAUCAUAUGAAGAAACAGAAAUAUGGAAGGAUCAUUAUGACUUCAUCAGCUUCAGGAAUAUAUGGCAACUUUGGCCAGGCAAAUUAUAGUGCUGCAAAGUUGGGUAUUCUGGGCCUUGCAAAUACUCUUGCAAUUGAAGGCAGGAAAAACAACAUUCACUGUAACACUAUUGCCCCUAACGCUGGAUCACGGAUGACUCAGACUGUUAUGCCUGAAGAUCUUUUUGAAGCUUUAAAGCCUGAGUAUGUGGCACCGCUGAUCCUUUGGCUUUGCCAUGAGAGUUGUGAGGAAAAUGGUGGUUUGUUUGAGGUUGGAGCAGGAUGGAUUGGAAAAUUACGCUGGGAGCGGACCCUUGGAGCCAUUGCAAGACAGAAGAAUCAGCCAAUGACUCCUGAGGCAGUGAAGGCUAACUGGGAGAAGAUCUGUGACUUUGAUAAUGCCAGCAAGCCUCAGAAUAUCCAAGAAUCAGUUGCAGGUAUGAUUGAAGUUUUACAUAAAAUAGAUGCAGAAGGAGGAGUUUCAAUAAAUCAUACCAGUCAUGCAACAUCUACAGCUACUUCAGGAUUUGCUGGAGCUAUUGGCUAUAAACUCCCUUCAUUUUCUUCUGCUUACACGGAAAUGGAAACAAUUAUGUAUGCUCUUGGAGUGGGAGCAUCUGUCAAAGAUCCAAAGGAUUUGAAAUUUGUUUAUGAAGGAAGUUCUGAUUUCUCCUGUUUGCCUACCUUUGGAGUUAUCAUAGCUCAGAAAUCUAUGAUGGGUGGAGGAUUAGCAGAGAUUCCUGGGCUUUCAGUCAACUUUGCAAAG